AUGCCUGAGAUGGUCUCUGUCAGCGAUCUGCUGACGGUCAUAAUAACCACCUCAGUUACACCAUCUGCCCCUUCAACCGAACUGCUCGAGGCUAUUCUUGAAUCUUUCGGCCAUCAUUGCCCAGCCUUGCUAUCAUGCAAGGUCAUUGUGGUCUUUGAUGGCUACGACAAGAUUGUCCCGACAGCUCGUCUCAAGAAGGGACAAGUUACCCCUCAACAAGCCGAGAACUUCACCAGUUACAAACAAAACGUAAAGAACCUCAUUCUUGGCAGAUACCAACGGCAUGGCGAUGGGUCCACCUUUACAAACAGCCAUGCCAAGGCGGAAUACGGCAGCACUCGCGGGGACAACGAAGUGAGCUACACAAUAUCACAAACAUGUGAUAAGUCAGUGACCUUCAUAGAGCCAUCAAGACGUCUUGGUUUCGGUCUCGCUGUGAGAUCUGCUUUGAGAGCCACUGACACUCCCUACGUUUGGGUCCAGCAACAUGACUGGGCUCUGUUGUCCGACCUACCAAUCGAGCCCAUGCUGCAAAUCAUGAAGGAUCACGAGUCUGACCAAGAAGUACCCAUCAAGUACAUAUGCCUCGCGGCAAUUCGCAUGCUUUCAUAUGCAGCAUCCAUGGACGUCGCCCGCUUCCCGGCUCUGAGAAACUUGACGGCUUCUCUCACGCGAGACUUUUCUACCGCAUCGCACCCGGAUGUCAAGGUUCAUCUGACACCGAUGUACUUUUGGCAUGAUAAGCCGCACGUUGCGUCGACCGCUCACUAUUUGAAUCGCGUCUUUCCUACACGACUGGCUAUGUUUCGGGGAGACUUUAUCGAGGAUAAGAUUGGUCAACGAGCUCGUGCCCAGAUGAAGGAGGGCGAGUGGAACAAAUGGGCCACCUGGCUUUACUAUCCCGAAGACGGAAAGCAGCUUUGUCUGAGGCAUCUGCAAGGGAGAACGCGGGAGAGUGUAGCAGGCCAAGCGGACAAAGCGGCCAUGUGGAAGCAAAAGAAUGAACUGCGAGAUGUGGAAAAGGAACCUUCUGUUGUAGAGGUGGACGUCGUCCAAGAUUUCCCUUUGUUUUUAGAGCAAGAUGAGCAAAACUCAUGA